ACACUACAGUCUACACAGUAGCUCUUGCGGCGGCCCGUAGAGAGAACGGAAAUCUCGUCGAUUCCGUUGAAAAUCCUUUUCCAGUUCUCGUCCGUGUGCCACUGAAUUAAAUCCUCCUGCGCUGCAGGCCUGCAGUCCGCGCAAGAGCCUGCUUUACGGCAGUGUCGUGGGCAACGCACGCCACGGUUUGACGUAUGCUGCUGCAGCAAGCAGCAGUUACUUACGAAUUUUACACGUACUCAACAAAAUCCAUAAUUGUAGAGGGUACACAAGUAAAUAUUUAACUAAGGCACUGUCGUAAAUGUCGUACGACAUAAGUCUUAUACGUCAGUUCUCGUGCGUCGGCCUCAACACAGCAGAUGCGGAGGAUCGUAUGUGGACUGUGGAGAGUUUCUUCGGAUGAUGGUUGUUCCACAAGGAAGUAAUUAUUAGUACAUGGGGAUCAAUACUUGAGAAGUUUAUGCCACAAUGGUUUGAAUGUCAUUAAGGAGAUUUUAAUCAAGAGAAGUUAAAUCUAUAUAUAGUUAGCUCACACAAAAUAGUAUAUCAUGUUUCGACAGUAUGCAUCAUACCUACAGGGAGUAGGUGGCAGUUUAAAUGGGUAUCACUGCUUGAGAUAGCGAUGCAUUUCCUACAGCUGAUAUCUUCAAUGUUGUCUUAGAUAUCUCCAGCUACGCUUCCCACUAGUCGCGAAGCCGAUCUAAUCGGCUUAUUAAUUUAAUAACCGGAGGUCCGCACCUCCCGUCGUCGAAAAUUAUCAACUGACCCAGGACCAAAAACAACACCUUUCAUGAGGCUGAAGCGAUACUACUCGGAGAGGUGGGUUCUCACUUGAGAAGAAACAAAGUUGUUUCUCAGCUAAUUCCGAUGAACAAUGAACCAUUCCGGAAGCGGUAAACGUCAGGCGAAGGUUUUGGAAGACAACUACUGGGACUGCAGUGUCUGCACGUAUCGUAAUACAGCCGAAGCAUUCAAGUGCCUAAUGUGUGACGUCCGCAAAGGUACCUCCACGCGGAAACCGCGUAUCAAUCCACAGCUGGUGGCGCAGCAGCGUAACGGUCGGCAGGUGGCCCAGCAGCAGUACGUGCCACUGCUGAAGCCUGGCAAGAAGGAAGGCGGUAGUGGCUCAUCGACGACCAGUGCCGGGGGCGGCAGCCGCAACAAGCUGGACAAGCCGAGGCGUAAGUCGAGGCAUCCGCCUCGACUGAAGAACAUCGACCGAAGCACGGCCCAGAGCAAUGAGGUCACGGUCAACAACGUCACGGUUGUCAUCACCGAGUACAAGCCCAAGGUGAAGAAAGGCAGCAGCGACCAGUCCGGCCUCUCAAGCAGCGCCUCCUCGGAGAACGGCAGCCAGCACGACUCCAACCAGGACUCGAGGAGCCUCGACAUCGGUACCGACGCUUAAAAUUAGCGGAGCUGCGCUGUAGAGAUGCGAAGAGGAUUCUGGCAAUGGGAUCCCUUCUAUAAACGUCGUUCGAAGGCUUGUGUGCAUAAAGUGGAUUUUGUAGCGUGUGUUUUGGGAGUAAUUGAUACUUAUGUUAAGGCAGUCAAAGUGUGCUGUGUGAGCAGAUACGAAAUUAUAACUUUUUAUUAGAGUUGGUUUGCAUAAAUUAUAAAACUUUCUCAACAUUAUCAUACUUAUGGGAAUGUUUUUAAAACGUUUGAUUUUUUUUUUAAUAUUUGGUUUAUAAUAAAUUUGCAUCAGUAGUUUCGUAACAAGCUCCUAUCAAUGUAUAUUUUAACUCUAUACCAGUAGAAUCUCAAAGCACACACUACCGUGUUAGCAAAACUCGACUUGAACUAUUAUUGGGCUUAAUCUAGCUCGCUAAGUGUACGCGGGUAUAUAUAACAAAUAUUUUGAGGAUCAAUUUUACAAAUAUUUAGUUUCAAUAAUUGUGUCUAAUACUAUUUAUGAAUUUUUGUUUUGACCAAGUAGAAGAAGAAUUGCGAGCCGAAUAUUGUCAAGAACCUCCAAACGGUUGCUAAGCAACAUGAACUAUCCUAAAAUUAUAGACCUAGAAUAAGCUAAUUUGAAAUACUGAUAUAUUCUUUUAUUCUUAUUGUUUCGAUAUUUGAUAUAUGAAGCCUUAUAAUUCGAUUUUCGAUUUUUCAGCUUUAUAUCACAUAUAUUACCUGACGACAAAGUCACAGAAUACAGCCAUAAUCCCAUCUUACCAUACCCUGAUUGCUGUCCUAAAAUUAUUUGUAAAGACCCAUAAGUUUCGAUUUGACACAUUUAAGAAAAAUAAUUGUAAAUUUGAGAAAAAAUAACAAAUAAGAAGUUUUAAUGUUUAAAGUUGUACCGCUUUUUAUUUAUAACCUUACAAUGUAAUGCUUUUCAAGAUCUAUAAAUUUUUUGUGACGAAUUUUAUACGAGCGACUAACUAAAAUUUGUAACUGCAUAUUUGAAUUUUUAUUACUUUCUCUUAAUGUAUAAUUUGCAUCAAGGACGAACAAUGUAUUUACAUCUUUGUUAUUAUAGCUAUUAUUAUUUACUAUUAUUAUUUAGUAUAAGUAUGCGCUUUAAACAAAUAAUGUUACAAACAAUGUUUUAACGCGUAUACAGUUACAAAAAGUAAUCAAAGGCAACCUUGAUAACACUCAAAAAUAACCGGUUCCCAAGAAUACAAAAAAAGCUCCCGGGCAGGCAAAAAGUCCAGGUCGGUCAAUGAAAAACAGCGUAACGGUCGGCAGGUGGCCCAGCAGCAGUACGUGCCACUGCUGAAGCCUGGCAAGAAGGAAGGCGGUAGUGGCUCAUCGACGACCAGUGCCGGGGGCGGCAGCCGCAACAAGCUGGACAAGCCGAGGCGUAAGUCGAGGCAUCCGCCUCGACUGAAGAACAUCGACCGAAGCACGGCCCAGAGCAAUGAGGUCACGGUCAACAACGUCACGGUUGUCAUCACCGAGUACAAGCCCAAGGUGAAGAAAGGCAGCAGCGACCAGUCCGGCCUCUCAAGCAGCGCCUCCUCGGAGAACGGCAGCCAGCACGACUCCAACCAGGACUCGAGGAGCCUCGACAUCGGUACCGACGCUUAAAAUUAGCGGAGCUGCGCUGUAGAGAUGCGAAGAGGAUUCUGGCAAUGGGAUCCCUUCUAUAAACGUCGUUCGAAGGCUUGUGUGCAUAAAGUGGAUUUUGUAGCGUGUGUUUUGGGAGUAAUUGAUACUUAUGUUAAGGCAGUCAAAGUGUGCUGUGUGAGCAGAUACGAAAUUAUAACUUUUUAUUAGAGUUGGUUUGCAUAAAUUAUAAAACUUUCUCAACAUUAUCAUACUUAUGGGAAUGUUUUUAAAACGUUUGAUUUUUUUUUUAAUAUUUGGUUUAUAAUAAAUUUGCAUCAGUAGUUUCGUAACAAGCUCCUAUCAAUGUAUAUUUUAACUCUAUACCAGUAGAAUCUCAAAGCACACACUACCGUGUUAGCAAAACUCGACUUGAACUAUUAUUGGGCUUAAUCUAGCUCGCUAAGUGGAGACUCAAUUUUGCAAUUGCAAGUGUGUGCCGGGCCAUCAUUUGAUAGACGAACUGUCCUUUUCGUGCAUGGAGUAUUUCAAACUAAUAUAUUGUGUAAUGUAAUGUCAUCUAUUGUCCAUUCUUCGUGAGGUCCUUAUAGACAACGUCGAUUGUUUCGACUAUGUUACAGACCGCAGAAAAAAAAUAUUACAUAAACAUAUAGACGUUUUAUGCUAUUAAUGGCUACGAAUUUGUAAAAUGUGCAGUUAUAUAGUAGGAAAAAGGAAACUAAUCAAACGGUUCAAGUGCCUUCAAUAUUGUUUGCAAAGCCAGGAGGUGUCCUGUCGCAACCAGUUUUGUACUUAGGCACUUACUUUUUCAUACCGGUAUUUGUACAAACUUGUCUUUUGGAUGAAUUUUGUUUAGAUCUUACAGAUUUCUUUACUUGAGCUAGAACUAAAGUCCCACAUCAGUGAAUCUAAGAGGAAUCUAAUUGUUAAAACAACGAUAACUAUUACAUAAGACUUAAAAAUUCAAAAGUUAUAAAGAAAAUAACAUUCUGGAUUAUUAUACUUGUAAAUCUUCAAGGUAAAUCGGUGUAGUACAACUAUGGGUAUUACCAUUUAUUAAAAAAUUGUAUUCUUUUUUCAAACAUUUGUUUUAUUGCGGGAAUCUAACUUUUCGUCCGUCUGUGUGUCAUUUAAAUUCAACAUAAUAACUUUCGAUGUAAAAAUAUGAAUUUUACACGUAAUAAAAAUUUCAAGUCGUCUAUAGUUUACCACAAAUAAUCAGAUUUAAGAGUAAAUUUCACAUUUCUAAACGUUUUCUUACCAAUUAAUAUAAGAAAGUGUUAGCAUGAGCCUUGAAGUUUAGUACACAGUUUUAUACAACAGUUGACACAAUUUAAAACAAUUUACAUAAGAUUGCCGAUGAUGAAUUCAUAGCGUUUUCAUUUUUCUAGAGACCAUUAUUAGCAUAAUUUGUCUGUAACAUUUGUCGCCACUUAAUUUACGUGACCACUGCCAGAGUGCAAGUUAUAAAGAUUAUUUCUUAGGAAAUAUUCACAACACAUUCGAGUAUACCUCACGUUAUCUAACUCUGUACAAGCAUUUAGAUGCUUUGAGUCAGCAACAUUUUCAUUAUUUUGAAAUCGAUCUUAUACAUACUUAAUGAGCAAUCUUAUUUGUAUCGCGUUUAGUGUAAAAAGAAUUUUAUUACAGAAAUCAAGCAUUGAUUUCAAUUUGUUUUAAGUCAUAAACAAAUAUAAUGAAUGAUCUGAUAAUGAUACAUAUUUUUUUUAAAUAUAAAAAGAUUUGAUCCCAAAGCAAUAGAAAAAAUGGUGUCCUACCCGAUCGUAGAGAAAUUUAAACCGAAGUCCGUUUAUCUGAACUUUUUUCUGGCAGGAUGCCGUGGUAUAAUGCGACUGAAAGGCUAGGUAAAAGGAAAAGUUAGUUUCAAUAAGCAUGCAUGCAUCAGACGUGCUAGCUUGUAUGAGUGAUAUAAAAAGAUAUAUAAGUAAAUAAUGAACUGGCAUUCGCGUGUAACGGAAUGCGGUGUUUGAAAUAAGACUUUGUGAAGUGUAUAAAAACUCAUGUUUUGCAACUUGUCGAUUGAUCGUACUUUUUGUGAAGAUUCUUCAUAUUCUUGAUAUUUGAAGUCGAAAGAGCCUCGCAUAACAUUUCGUUUCUUACUUUAUUGAAAAAUAGGUACGCAUUUUAAUUUAAGCAUCUUAGAAUAGCUUACUUAGAAUAUAUUUAUAUUGAUUUACGAUUUUAUAUAAUAAUCUUUGCAUACAUAUUAUGCAUGAGAUCAGUCGACAAGACGAGACUGUAUGGAUUCUUAAAAAAAAAAAAAUAAAUAAAAAAACAAAAAAAGAUGUUCUGAUGUAGUAAAAUAUAAAUGGCGGUUUUGAGAAAGUCAAUGAAAAUUAUUGGUAAACUUAUGCACUGCCUUUUCCCUUGUAGCUUUAAUUUAUCUAUGAUAAGUUAAUUUAUAGGUUUAUUUUCAUAAAUUAAGUGUUUAUGGUAUGCAAAUUAAUUUUUUCAUUAAAGUUCACUUCGUGAACUUUGAACGGGUUUUUUCAACUAAUGUAUUUAAUUUCAACAAAACUAUGUAAUUGAACUUCAAUUGUAUGAAGAUGUAAUUUUACGUAUCGCGACAUAUGAAUAAUAUACUUGUCUGAUGUCGGAGCUCUUCAAAAACUAACCGUAUGUUCUUUAGUUUCGUUUAAUUUGAAUGAGCUCUUUCUUUAAUACGAAUGUAAAUAAAAGAUGUUACUAUGUGUUCAUAGGUAAUGUUGCAGAGCAUCCUUGCUUUUCAAACUGAGAAAAUAUAAAAUUCUUCUUCCAA